CUCUCUUCUCUUCUUUUCUCUCUUUAUCGAGUAUAGGCCAAGCUGCAGAGGGAGAAACAGCUGAAGAUUGCAGAAGAGAAGAAGAUGAAGGUGGAGAAAGCUAAGGUCAUUGAGGUCAAGGUCAACAUGUGGAUUGAGGAAAGAACAACUAAGGAGCAAGAAUCGAGAAAAGCCAACUGGAGGCUAGAGAAGACAAAGAAACAACUUGAAGCAGAAGAGAAUAGAAGAGUACAGGAGAAAGCAAAGGAGAACUAUGGAGAAUGGAGGAGCAAGAAGAAGGCUGAAAAAGAGAUGAAGGAGAAGAAGGAGAAGGAAGAACAAAGUGCUGAAGAAGAAGCCGAAAGGAGGAGGAAAGAAGAGGCGGAAGAUGCAUACCUGAAGUGGAAAGAAGAGGCCAAGACGAGACCAUUUCCCCUAGCUACUCGAUUUGGCUAUCCUCAGGGCUCUGUCAAAGGCUACCAUGACAAGGCAAGCUACGCCAUUCCCAGCUACUACAACCCAGUCCCCUGGAUGCCUAUCCACACCCCUAAAGAGCACACCAAGCCUGUUGCAAAGGGGAAGAAAGGGCGGGGUAAGAGGACCAAUGCUACCUCAUUAGGGAGGCAGAUACAACAAGCGUUGUCACCCCCUCUGCUCUUCAGAGAACGGUCAGCAAAGGAUAAGCUUGGGAAACUGAGGUGACAUUAAGGGUAAAAGACAGUGAAGAACAUUUCUUCUGUAAAUCCUGUAUUUGAUAAAAACCUUUAAUCUGUUCUUAGCAACAGAUUAAAGGGCGGGUGAAGAGGACCAAUGCUACCUCAUCAGGGAGGCAGAUGCAACAAGCGUUAUCACCCCCUCUGCUCUUCAGAGAACGGUCAGCACAAGAGAAGCUAGGGAAAGGGGGGUAGUUGAGGGGGGGGGGGGGGGAUUUGUUUUGUUUAGUGCUCACUAUCACCCCUGCACACUAUCACCCCUGCACAAUGCAUUUUUUGUGACGUAGGGUCCUCACAACACAGAUUUGUAAUAUAACCAAAUUCAAUGUAGUUUGCUCAGUAUUGUGUGCGUCUGUAAAAUGGCGCCUGUCUGGAAUGCUCUCCAGGGAGUGAAAAAUGUGCAUACACUGUCUGCAGGCAAACCCGAAUUCUAUGACUGGGGCAGUAACAUAUAUGUAAAGUGCUAGAGACAUUGUCAAUGUUUUAAGCACUACAGGGUAUAUAAACGCGGAAUAGCAUUAUCAGAUGAAUUGAUUGAAUGCCAAUAGCUGAUUGACUGAAAAGUGUCUUGCUCCAAACCUGCCUAAUUCAUUUAAUUUGCAAUAAGAACAUUUGAUUUUCAUGAAAUACUUUAAAAUUAUUUAUUUUCUCUUUAAAGAUAUUAUCUCCCUUUUGCAGCCAACAUCAAUUCUUUUGCAUUUGCAAAUGUGAUGAAAAACUAACAAAUACGCCUCAAAUGGCUCUAAUUGCGCAAUUUGACAGUUUAUGCGCGAUUUGAGAGCUAUACACAUCGUUUUCAAGAUUGCGCAAUAAAUAAAGAUAAGAAACAUAAAUCGAUGUCGCAAACAGGUAGAGGAGCUCAAGCGCAACAUAAUGAUACUACUUAGGAGACCAUACCAU